AUGAAAGCAACUUAAUUCCUCUAUUAAAACAUUUUUAAAGAGCAAUAAGACUCAAAAGCAAAAGCUAUAAAAAAAAAGGUUUAAAUAUUUUCAUCAGUAAUAGUCAAAAAGAAAAUUAAAGCUAAGCAAUUCAUUACAUAAAUCUGUUGAUAACUAAAGUGAGUAAAAAAUCUAUUCUUUAGUUAAUUUAACUGUGUAAUUUUGAUUAAUAUUAUUUUUAGAAAGGAUGGUUAAAACGAAAAGGUUUAAAUUCCCGCCUAAUUGAUUUCCCGAUCCUCAAAAGUCAAACAUUAAAAUAUUCUUAAUAAAACUAUGGAAAUAGCUCGAACUUUAAAGAAACUUAAACCUUUAUCGACUUUAGAUGCUUCUUCUGAAUUGAUAUAAGUAUAAUAAGGGAAGAGUAUUGAUUAAUAAUUUAAGGGUCCUAAAAAAUAAGUUUAUCUAAAAUAAAUAAAUAUAUUGACAGAUGGACAAUACAAAAAAACUUAAACUUAUCUAUUGUUUGGAUCAAUAGAAUAAAAAAUAAAUCAAAAUACUGUAUUGUGUAUAUUAAGAAUUCAAAAUUUAAAAUUUUUUAAUGAUUAUAAUUCAAAAAAUCAUAACAAUCCAGCAUUAUUCAGUUGGGAAGUAUUAUAUCGAAAGUAAAGUUUAAUGAAAAGUCUCCCAAAAGAAUAUUAAAAAGCAUAAACAGAAAUACUUGAUUUUGUUUAUACAAGAAAUGGACAUGAAAUUGUUGAAGUAGUAUUGUGGAAAGUGAAAAAUAAUGAUGAAGUAUAUAUUUAUUAAUAUUUUUAUAGAAAUAUGUUGGAUAAUUUGAUAUAAUAAAUGAUGAUUAUGUUGAGGCAAAGAAAGUACUUAAUUAUUAAAAAAAAGUGAUUACUGAAAAUUUGAUUGAAAAGGAAAUGUUUAAAUCUAUGAAAUAAACUAAAUCCUAUAUUGGGAAUGUAUAAUUUCAAAUAAUUUAAUUUGGAAAUGAAAAUAUCAUAUAAAGUAUAAAUUAAUUGUUAUUUAGUUAAAAAUUCUGGAAAUCCUGGAUCUCCUAAAAAUGAAAAAGAAAAAACAGAUCAUCGUAUUAUUGAUUAGGUAAUGUAAGGACAAUAAUAUAAAUGGAAUAAUGAUGAAAAUGAAUAAAUAGUGAGUCAGAAUAUAGAAUAGAUUACUUCAAAAAUAGUACCUGAAUGCACUGUUGAAGUUCUUACAAUUGAAUGUGGACAAUUAGUAUUGAUUUACGAAUAAAAAUAUAAUAAUCCUGAACUUUAUGGUAGAUCUAGACCCAAUUCAAGAUAAAUUAAAAAAUAAAAUUUUGAUGCAAAUAUGGCAUUAUUAUAUGAAUUAAAUAGAUAUGGAUAAUUUACUAAAAUUUAAACUCAUCUUAGAUCUCUAAGUAGAUAAGGAAGAUUAUCUAGAAAAGUUAUUGAAGAAUCUUUAUAUGAAAUGAAAUGUACAGCUAAUUAAUUAUUCUUAACUGAAUGUAUAGAAUUUGGUGAUAACUUAAUGGAUUUUCUUAUAUUUAGUGAUGAUUUAUUAGGAAUUCUUGAAGCAAUACAAGAAAUUAAAUUCUUAGGAGAAGAAGAAUUAAAUUUAGAGGGUUUUUCUAAUAAUCUAUUUUAACUUAUAGGUUAACAUUUGAGAAAAAAUACUAAAUUAAAAUCUAUUAUUUAUUUUAUCAAAGCUUUAGAAAAAAAACCUGAAAUAGGUAUUUUGAUACAAAAUUAUUCCUAUGCAACUGAAAACAUUUUAUCUAAUAAACCUCCAUUCUUAAAUAGUAUUUAUAUAAAAUAUUAUUUUAGAUUUCAAUCCAAAGAAUUAUGAGCAUAUAAUGGUUUUAGGAAAAUUGAAUAAGAUGAUUCAAAAAUUUUAAAUUGAUACAAAAUUCACAAGAGCUUUAAAAUAGGCUCAUAUAGAUACAAAGAUGUCAAUUUAUUUUGAUAUACCUUGUUUUCCAAAAGAUUAAAAUUUAUUUAAGAAAGCUGAAUCCUUAUAACUUAAAUAAAUUGGUUAAAAUAUUAUACAUGAAAUUGUGAGAAGAUAAAAAUGGGAAAAGAGUCAUUAAAUAUUUCAAAAAUAUUCAGAAUGGUUUUUUGUUGCAGAUUUCUAAGGAAUUACACCAUUUUCUAAUAUUUUAGAAAUAGCUCCAUUUUAAGUACUUUAAUCACUUUUUAAUGCCUAUAAAUAAUAAUUAAAUGUCAUUUUUUAAUAAUUCAAUCCAUAUAAAGAUAUGUUUAUUGGAAAUAUACCAAAACAAGAAUCAAAUAAAAAUUAAGAAGAUAAUUAAAAAUAAUAAUCUAUUUUAUAAAAUACAACAAAAGAAUAACCUUUCUAAUGGGCCAAAAUGUAAAAGGAAUAUCGUAAAAACAUUUUACAUAAUGUAAUUUUAAAUCCAAACUUUACAGCAAAUGAGAUUUUAGAAAUAUUAAUAUCUAUUGAAUAAUUUGUUAAUCUAUCAAAUAAAUCAAAUUUUUCAAUAUUGAAAACUUAAAAAAUAAGAGCUGGAGAUUUUACACCAUUGGCUUUGUACUUAGAAAUAUUAGGAUCAAAAUGUAAGAAAAAAUUAGAUAGAGUUUAAAGAGAAUUUGGUACAUAUUUGUUUAUAUGUUAAAAAUUAAUUCCAGAUUAAGAUGAGAUACAAGGUGAAUAAAUAGAAUAAGAAUAGAAGGAAGUAUCUUUUGUUUGGGAUAUUGACAAUUAAUUUAUUAUUUAAUCACUCAUUUCAAAACUACCAGAGAGUUUAUUUUAAUAAAUAGAUUUUUUGUUUCCAUUUAUUUAAUGGAUUCCACCAUUAGAAAAAUUAAAAACUAUUAGAUAUAUUAAUUUACCUUGCAGAUUAUUGAUUAAAAAUAAAUAACAAUAAAAGUUAAUAAUUAUUUUGUAAUAAAUGUAUAAUGAUGUAAAAAAAUAAGAGUAUUAUAAUAAUUCAUUAGAAUCAGAUGAAAUUUUAUUAAUACUUUAUUAUUUUUAAAUUUAGAUUUUAAUGUUGUUGGAAAUAAGAAAUUAAAAAGCUUAAUAUUUGGAAAAUGUAUAAAAUUUAAUAGUACGUUAACUAAAGGAUUUUAUUUAAUCAUAUACAGAAAUUUUAGUAAUAUCUAUGCCUAUAAAUAUUAUAUCUUCAUAUUAUGAACUCAAAUAUUUCUAUAAAGGUAAACCACAAACAUUAUUAGAAUUCUUAAACUUGGUGUAAUUCAAUACAUUAAUUACAGAAAUAGAGAUUAAAAAUUUAGACAGGUUGGACACAAAAUUAUUGGGGAAAGCAUUAUCAAAUUCUUAAAAUAAAGAACCUUUAAAGGAUUUAAUAUAAUUUUUAUUAAUUAAGGAUUAAAAUAAAGACGAAACUGAAAAAUAUAAUUAUGACAGCAAGGAAUUUUCUAUAAUAAUUAAUCCAAAUUUAUUAUUAGAUGAAAAAGAAAAUGGCUAUAGAUAUAUAUUAAAUAAAGAAUAAAUUGAAAAAUUGAUGAGCAUUGCAAAGGCUGAUUAAAUUCUGUAGCUAGUAUGUGAUAAUUCAAAAUUUAGUCGAAUUGUUCAUGGUUUGAUUUUAAAUUCAUUUUAAACUAAAAAAUCUAUUGGGAUAACAUAAAUACAAAUAUUGCAUUGGUUUAGAAAUUAUGAUUUUAAAAUAAGUAAUAUUUGGAAAAAGCUUUAUAUAGACUAUUUUCGAAAUAAAAUGGAUUUAUAUUGUAUCCAUUGUCUUUUAGAUAUUGAAUAUCUAUUUAAAAAUAAAGCCUGUUAUAAUUAUAAUUAACUUUUACCUUAUAUUAAUGCAUAAGGAAGAAGUUGGGCAGCUAUACUUGAUUAUAAAAGAUUUAAACGAGCUCUUAAGGAUAAUAUCUAAUUUAUUGAUAUUGAAAAUGCUAUUAGGGCUGUUGCUAUAAAUGGAUAAUAUGAUAAACUUGAAAUCCUAAUUCCGCAUAUAAAGGAUUCUUAAAUUCUUCGUUAAACUAUAUAAUUAGUCAGCAUUAUUGCUGAAAGACAAAUGAUAUAGUAAUAUAAUGCAGACUACUUUUUCGGAAGAUUACAUUUAUCAUCAUUUGAAGAUAUACUCUUUAGUGAUGAUGAAGAAGAAAAUUAAAAAUAGCCUAAAAGAACUAUUCAAUCCAAUUUGAAUAAAUAGGAAUUAAAAAAAUUAGUAAGAGAUCGUCUUGAUUUACCUGGUAAACUUGAUAAAUCUGGAUUUAUAAAUCAUUUGAAGAUUUUGGGUUCUCAUUUUAUAUAUCGUUUUGAUCUUAUAUCUACUAUACCAAAAAAUUCUAGUAAAAAAUAAAAAGAAAAAUUAUAAGCUGAGAAAUUUGUAUUUCCAGAAACUCUAGAUUAAAUCAGAAAUCCAAUAUCUAUUUAAAAUUAAUUACUAGAAAUGGACUCUAAUAUAUAAUAAGAAUUAGAAUCAUAUAAAUAAAAAUAAUAUCCAAAGCCUGAAAGAAUUAAUCUAUUAAAAUUUGAGUAAUAAUUUGAAAAAUAUAUCUAUAAUUUUCAAUAUCUGAAAAGUUUAAAAUCUUCAACAUAAAGAUAAUCGAUUAGAACAUUGUUCAGUCAAGAUUACUAUGAAUCGGAUAAAUAUUCAUUUAAAAAGGUGUUAAUUUAAUUAACAAAUGAAUAUAAGAAAUAUAAAGUCCCAUUAUGCUAAAAGGAUGAGGAUUAUGAAAUAGUUCUUAAAAUGUUGGCCUAUAACAAAAUUAUAACUAUUGAUGAAUUCAUUAAAUAAAUACUUUCUAGUAAAAUAGAUAUUUAAAAAAAAAAUAAUCUACUUUUGGAACUUUUAAACUAAUUAUUAAAUUGUAAAAAUAAAUAAGUUUAUGAACAGUAUUAAUUGUAAAACUAGGAAAUUUUUUUAUAAUUAAUUCCAUUAAUCAUAAAAAAUCUUAGAAUUUUGGAAGAAUCUAAUUUAGAAUAAAUAAAUAAUUUAAUCCUUAAUCGAAUAAAUUUAAUUCUUAAAAGAUUUAAACCUAUUGUUCUUAAUCCUUUAUCAAUUUAUAAAUAGAAAUUGGUAAGCGAAAUCUUAAUGAACCUAUAUUAAUCAAAAAUAAAAGAUUAAUUUCAAGAUUAAUUAAAGAAUAUAGCUCAAACAAUAAGAGAAAGAAAUUUGAGUGAUAAAAUACUAUAAUCAUUUGCUAGUUAUUAUUUAAAAGAAAAAGAUAAAAUAUUGAAAAAAAAACGUCUUACUCAUAAUGAGAUAAUAAUGUCAUUUAAAAAAAAAUAAUUAAAUGAAGUAUUAUAAAAAACUGAUCUAAUAAAUUAUGUUUCUAAUUUUUCUGAUAAAAAUUGUUAAGAAAUUUUUAAAGAAUUAUUUAAACUUCCUUGGGAUUAGAAAUUUAAAAAUGAUAUACUUAGUAAAUUUGAUGGAAGAUUAUUUGAAUCUUUAAUAUUCUAUAGGCGAUAUAAGGCCUAUGAUACUUUGAUUCAUGAAAUUUUAUUCAAGAAAAUAUGUAAUUAAGAUGAGGGAAUUUUUAAAUAAAAAAUUACUGAAAUUGAAAGCUAUUAGAUUUAAACUAUCCAGCCAUAGAAUGAUAAAAUGUAAUAAGAAGACAAAACAUAAUAAAAAGAAGAGAAUAAAUAAUUUUCUUUAUCUUAAAUGGCAGCUUAAUUUAGCUUCUAUGAAUAUUAUGAUACUCUUCAUAGGUUGAAUAUAAAAGUAAAAGAAAUUGAACCAUUCCCUUCUAUAAGAUUUAUGUUGGAGACAAAUAAUUAAUUAUAGAUUUUAGCUGUAGAAUAUGAGAAAAAGGAGUUAAAUUAUAUUAGUAAUUGUAUAAAAAUGAUGAGAUAUUUAAGAUUGAAUCAUUAUGAUACAUAAACUUUCUAUAAGAAUUUUGAAAGUGAACUCAUGUUUAGUUUCAUAGUUGAAGAUAUUUCAACAAUUGAAGUCUGGUGCUUAAACAUAAUUAAAUUAUACUUAAUUAUGAAUAGAAGACCAUAACCGUUUUGGUAAGACUCUAUUAUUAGGUCGAAAUAUGAAAGCAGAAAUUAUCAAUUUUUCAAUAAAAAAAAUAUCAUUCCAAGAUUAUUUGAACUUUCAUUAAUUAAAUUAAAAAUAAAUGGAGUUGAAAAAGGAGUGAAAUUUUGUUUUCCUUCAAAUUAUGAUUCUGAAAGUGAUUAAUAUUCAAUAUCAACUGAGGAUAUAAAUUAGACAUAAACAAAAAAACCAAUUUUUUCACUUGAUGAAUAUAUUGAUUGUUUAGAUAAAAAUGAUCCUUUGAGAUUAGAAAAUUAAAUAUUGAAUGAUCCUAAUUUCUAAUCUAUUUUAAAUAAACUAUUAGUAAUUAAUUAGAACUAAGAAUUUCUAGUAGAUAAGAUAAACAUUUUUACAUAUUUAAAAUAUAUUGUUAGUCAUAAUUAAAUUCAUGAAAUGUAAUACUAUUUACUAAACUUUCCUUUAUUUUGGUAUGAUUAGAAAAUUCCAAAAGAAAACCUUAUUAUAAAUACUUUCUUUUUGAAUUUAGAAUUAGGAUUGGUCUUUUUUAAAUCAUUAUUAAUCUUUGAACCACAACUAUUGGAUUAGAUUUUAGAUAUAUAUUUUUCUUCUUUGAUGGAAUUUGCAAAAGAAGUAGAUUAGGAAGGUAACGAAUAUAAUAACGAUAAUGAAAAAAAAGAAGAAAAUUAGUUUUAAUUUUAAGAUUAUAAAAGUUAAAGUGAUUUGGAACCUUACGAGGAUGAAGAAACUGAUAAAGAAGAAGAAAAUUAAUAGGAAUUAUAAUAAGAUGAUAAAAUAGAAGAUAGUAAUUCUGAAGCAUAUGAUCAAUAGAUUUCUGAAUAAAAUGAAUUAUAGGAACCACCAAAAAUAAAGAAAAAAAGGAAGGUAAUUAAGUAUAAACCUAAAGAUUACAUUGAACCAUUAAAAGGAUUAAGAAGAUAAUUAUAAUUGAAUUGUCCUGAUUAGAUAAGAUUCUAAAUAUAUAUCUAAUUGCUUUUUCUCGCAACUACUAAUGAAGAAUCUUUUUAACUUAUCCAAAAAUAUUUAAUACAAUAUUAAUCAUUGCCUCCUUUAUAGGAACCUAAGGAAAUUAAUUUUGAAGUACAAUCUAGAUUAUUAGAAUAGGGAUAUCAAGAACCCUAUAAUGAAUAAUUCAUUCAAUAAAUAGAAUCAAAUAUUAAUACAUUAUCUUAAUAAUAGAUUGAGGAUAUUUAACAUGUGAAAGAAAUUAUAAAAUUCAAUCAAAAUCUUAAAGAAACUAAGUAUAGUAAAGUAUAUUAGUUUUUAAUUACUCAGAUAUAUAAAACCAAAUACUCAGGAUUUUAGAAUAUUAUUGAUAACUUAUUAAGGAAUCCUGCAUAUUCAUGUUUAAUCAAAUAGAAAAAUAAUAUAUUUAUGAAUUCUCUAUAAAAUGAUAAAUAAUUUUAAGAAGAAAUUAUUAUUUAUCAUCAAUAAAAUAGGAAAGUAAAUGAUGAGAAUUUUUUAUUUAAGAAAAUAUAAAUGAAUAGAGAUUUUAUAGAUAAAUUCUUUUAAGGAAAAUCUAAUUAAUAAUUUACAAAUGAUAAAUGGAUACAUAUAUUAUGUUUAUUUAAGUAUUGUUAAGAAUUAGAAAAACAAUUUAUUGAAUUUGAUUAAAAUGAAGGAAAAACUAAAUUAUAAGUACUUUCUUUAUUAGAUGAUAAUGAAGUCAGUAUAGGUUUUGAAGGAUAUAUAUAGAAAACAGAUACAUUUAAUGUAUCUUAUUGCUUUAAAUUUUUAAUCUCUGAUAAAUUUACACCUAUAACUUAUCAACAUACUAAAAAACAAUCUGAAAAAUAAAAAAUGCAUUCUUGUUAUUUCUUUAAUUUUGAUAUAACUAUAAACAUUUUAAGAAGUAAAAAUCCUAAUAAUCCAUUUCCAAUAGUAUAUUUGUAUUCAAAAAUUUAUGAUGAAUUGGAUAAGAUUUUUAGAAUUUUUAUGUUUGAUUAUUAUAUUGAUGUAUUUCUUCUUGAUGAAAAAAAAAAUUGUUAGGAAAUGUAAAAAUUAUGUGAAGAUGAUUUCAUUGAUAGUUAUAUUAUUAAAUAGAAAUUAAAUAUUGAAAAUUAUCAAUAAUUAAGGAAUAUUUAAUAGGUAGAUAAAUAUUAUUUAAAUGAAAUUAUUAAUUCUUUUUAAGAUCAAAAAAAAGAUAGAUUAAAUUUAAUAUAAUAUAUAUAAAAAAGUGAAGAAUAACCAGAUGGAAUAGAAAUUGAUUAUUAAAAUAAAAAAAAUUGGAUAUUCAUAAAUCCAAGAAUUUAAAAAGAAAUAAACAUACAAUUUUAAGAUAAAUUAUAGAGUAAUUUAUGAUUUUAUUCUUCUUUUAGCUCUUCCAUUUAGUAAUUAUAAACCAAGAAUUUAAAAAUAAUUGAAUUAGAAAAUUUAAAUAGAUUUAACAUUUCCAGAAUUAUAUCCUGUUACUUCACUAUAAGUCUAUAAAUACAUACCAGUAAUAAUUACUUAAGAAGAAUAAAAUUAAAAAUAUGAUUCUUUAUCACUUCUUUAAUUUGCUUGUGUAAAUUAUUAUAUAUAAAAUUUUAGGUUGAGAUCAACACCUAUACAAAAUUAUUAAAUGAUUUUUUAACAAAAUUACCUAGUAAUGAUGAUGAAAUUGAUGAAUUUUUAGAAAACCCUAAACCAAGGAAUGUCUAUUGGCCACUUGUAUAAAAAAAAAAUAAUUCUGCAAAAGGAUAUUCCCAUAAGUUUAAAUACACUUACAUUAUUGAAACUAUUCCAUUAUAUUUAAUGGUUUAUCUGUUUUAAAAUUUGAAUAUAGAAUUAGAUCAUGAAAUUAAAUUUACUUUAAAUUGCUUAUCCUUUACUGAAAUAAUUCUAAGCAAAUUAAUAAGAAUCAUUUAAUAAAGCACAGGCAAAAGUAUAAUUAAUUACAUAUAAAAUAGAAUGUAAAAUAGCUACAGCAAUAUCUAUAUUAAAAUAAUGGAUUUGGUUUAAGAAAAUAUUGAUUAAUAUUGGGGAGUUAAUAAUAGAGAAUGAUAUUAAUAAAUUUAAAGCAUAUUAUGUAGAAAUUAAUGAAAUUAAUCCAAAUGAAGUGAGUUAUUUUUAUUAUAUUUUAAAGGCAUUUAAUUUAAAGUAUAAUAAACUUGAAGGGAUGGAUUCAUUAUUUAGAUUUGGUAAAACUUAGUACUUUGUACAUUCAGGUGUUCUCAUAAUUAGGUUAAAUAUAGCUUUGGUUUCUGAAAACCUAAAAUCAAAGGUUAACCUAAAAAGCAUCAAAUUGAAUCAAAUCUAAAGUGAUUUGUUUUCAGAUGACAAAGACCUAAUUGUAUAUUUUAAUUCAUUUCUAUUUAGAAAUAUAUGUAAUUUAUUGUCACACCAGAAGAAAUAUUAAAAUGCUUACUUAGCAAAAAUUGA